GGGGGGGCCGAAGCGGCGACGCGCCUCGCCCUCGCUCCGCGUCCCGGGCGGUGUCUCAGUGCAGCCAUGUCUGGCGGCGCGAAGCAGCGAGUCGGGCUCGGUCGGCGGCGCCCUCUGUGAGGCGGCGGCGGACGAGCGGCGGCGGCGGGCAUUCAUGUCGGCGGGCAGGGAUUAGCGCGGCGGAUCGCGAGCCGAGAGGAGGGGGCGGCCGACCGAGCCGUCUCCCCCUUCCCGCGGGGUCUCCGGCGGGAGAGAGCCGUACCUGCGUGGCGGGGGCGGGAGGACAUGGCUGACCGGAGCGCGCCGAGCUGCCACCUGCGGCUGGAGUGGGUCUACGGUUACCGGGGUCACCAGUGCCGCAACAACCUGUACUACACGGCCGCCAAGGAGAUCGUCUACUUCGUGGCUGGGGUCGGCGUGGUCUACAGCCCUCGGGAGCACCGGCAGAAAUUCUACCUGGGGCACCAGGACGACAUCAUCAGCCUUGCUUUGCAUCCUGAACGUGUGUUGGUGGCAACAGGUCAAGUUGGAAAGGAACCAUAUAUCUGCGUAUGGGACUCGUACACUGUGCAAACUGUAUCUGUUCUGAAGGAUGUUCACACACAUGGUAUAGCUUGCUUGGCUUUUGAUUUAGAUGGCCAGCGGUUGGUCUCAGUUGGUUUGGAUUCAAAAAACACAGUUUGUGUAUGGGACUGGAGAAAAGGAAAAUUGUUAUCAAUGGCUCCUGGUCAUACAGACAGAAUAUUUGAUAUUUCUUGGGAUUUGUACCAGCCAAACAAACUCGUCAGCUGUGGUGUAAAACACAUCAAGUUCUGGAGCUUGUGUGGCAAUUCAUUGACACCAAAACGUGGUGUUUUUGGCAAAACUGGUGAUCUUCAAACUAUAUUGUGCCUAGCUUGCGCAAGAGAUGAAGUGACGUAUUCUGGUGCGCUGAAUGGUGAUAUUUAUGUAUGGAAAGGAAUCAACCUUGUAAGAACAAUACAGGGAGCACAUGCUGCAGGAAUUUUCAGCAUGAAUGCGUGUGAAGAGGGGUUUGCUACUGGUGGCAGAGAUGGCUGUGUUCGCUUGUGGGAUUUAAAUUUUAAACCAAUUACUGUGAUUGAUCUCAGGGAAACGGACCAGGGAUAUAAAGGUCUGUCUGUACGAAGUGUUUGCUGGAGAGGAGACCAUAUACUUGUUGGGACACAAGACAGUGAGAUUUUUGAAAUUGUGGUACAUGAGCGUAAUAAGCCUUUCCUGAUAAUGCAGGGGCACUGUGAAGGAGAGCUGUGGGCUUUGGCUGUCCAUCCUACAAAACCAUUAGCAAUGACUGGAAGUGAUGACCGAUCAGUCAGAAUUUGGAGUUUAAUAGACCAUGCUCUGAUUGCCCGGUGCAAUAUGGAGGAACCCAUUCGCUGUGCAGCAGUUAGUACUGAUGGAAUCCAUCUUGCUCUUGGAAUGAAGGAUGGCUCUUUCACUGUGCUUAGGGUCAGAGAUAUGACUGAGGUUGUUCAUAUCAAAGACAGGAAAGAAGCUAUUCAUGAAUUGAAAUAUUCACCAGAUGGGAACUUCCUAGCUGUUGGUUCCAAUGAUAGCUCUGUGGAUAUAUAUGGUGUUGUUCAGAGAUACAAGAAAGUUGGGGAAUGUAUUGGAUCUUUAAGUUUCAUCACCCAUAUGGAUUGGUCUUCAGACAGUAAAUAUAUACAGACAAACGAUGGCAAUGGGAAAAGACUUUUUUACAGGAUGCCAAGUGGAAAGGAAGUAACGAACAAGGAGGAAUUAAAAGGGAUUCAGUGGGCAUCAUGGACUUGUGUUUCUGGUGUUGAAGUUAAUGGAAUCUGGCCUAAAUAUUCAGAUAUAAAUGAUAUAAAUUCUGUGGAUGCAAAUUUUAUUGGGCAAGUUAUGGUUACAGCUGAUGAUUAUGGAAUUGUAAAGCUCUUUCGAUACCCGUGUCUGAGAAAAGGAGCAAAGUUUAAAAAGUAUCUUGGUCAUUCUGCUCAUGUGACAAAUGUCAGAUGGUCACACGAUCACCAGUGGGUUGUUUCCAUUGGAGGAGCAGAUCAUUCUGUUUUUCAGUGGAAAUUUGUCCCUGAUCGGAAGUUGAAGGAUUCUCUUCAUAUAGCACCCCAAGAGAGUCUGGUUGAUUCUAAUAGUGAUGAAUCAGAUUCAGAUCAGUCUGAUGUUCCAGAGCUGGACUCUGAAAUUGAACAAGAGACACAGAUCACAUAUCGUAGACAGGUUUACAAAGAAGAUCUACCUCAACUUAAAGAGCAAUGCAAAGAAAAAAGAAAAAGUGCAGCUUCUAAGAGGAGAGAGAGAGCUCCAGGGAACAGUAUAAGAUUGCAUUUUGUUCAUGGUUACAGAGGUUACGACUGUCGGAGCAAUUUAUUUUACACUCAGACGGGUGAAAUUGUAUACCAUGUUGCUGCAGUGGGAGUGGUGUACAAUCGACAGCAGAACACACAGCGCUUUUAUCUAGGUCAUGAUGAUGACAUUCUUUGCCUUGCUAUUCAUCCCUUAAAGGACUAUGUGGCAACAGGCCAGGUGGGUCGAGAUUCCUCUAUACACAUUUGGGAUACUGAAACAAUAAAACCACUCUCAGUACUAAAGGGCUAUCACCAGUAUGGCGUUUGCGCUGUUGAUUUUUCAGCGGAUGGAAAAAGAUUGGCUUCAGUUGGAAUAGAUGACAAUCAUACUAUUGUACUCUGGGACUGGAAGAAAGGAGAAAAGCUUUCAGCAGUAAGGGGAAGCAAAGAUAAGAUUUUUGUUGUUAAGAUUAAUCCUUAUAUGCCUGAAAAAUUGAUUACAGUUGGAAUUAAACACCUGAAAUUCUGGCGUAGAGCAGGGGGAGGACUAAUUGGGAGAAAGGGCUGCAUAGGUGCAAUGGGAAGAGCCGAUACAAUGAUGUGUGCAGUAUAUGGCUGGACUGAAGAGAUGGCAUUCUCUGGAACUUCCACAGGGGAUGUUUGUAUCUGGAGAGAUGUGUUUCUCAUAAAAACUGUCAAAGCACACGAUGGUCCUGUGUUCAGCAUGCAUGCACUAGAAAAAGGAUUUGUCACUGGAGGAAAGGAUGGGGUAGUGGCUCUCUGGGAUGAUACUUUUGAACGCUGUCUCAAAACCUAUGCCAUCAAAAGGGCUGCUUUGGCCCCUGGGUCGAAAGGACUCCUCUUAGAAGAUAAUCCUUCUAUUCGUGCCAUUUCCUUAGGACAUGGUCAUAUUUUAGUGGGCACAAAGAAUGGUGAAAUAUUGGAGGUAGAUAAAAGUGGACCAGUAACUCUUUUGGUUCAGGGUCACAUGGAGGGGGAAGUUUGGGGUCUAGCUACUCAUCCUCAUUUACCCAUUUGUGCCACUGUAAGUGAUGACAAAACCUUAAGAAUAUGGGAUUUAUCUCCUAGCCAUUGUAUGUUAGCUGUUCGCAAAUUGAAGAAGGGGGGCAGAUGUUGCUGUUUUUCUCCCGAUGGGAAAGCAUUAGCAGUUGGUCUAAAUGAUGGAAGUUUUUUAAUAGUUAAUGCAGAUACCCUGGAGGAUCUAGUCUCCUUCCAGCACAGGAAAGAUGUUAUUUCAGAGAUACGAUUUUCUCCAGGAGCUGGAAAGUACUUAGCUGUGGCAUCUUGUGACAAUUUUGUUGAUAUUUACAAUGUAAUGAGCAGCAAAAGAGUAGGAAUCUGCAAGGGGGCCUCCAGUUAUAUAACACACUUGGACUGGGACAUAAGAGGGAAGCUCUUGCAAGUCAACACUGGUGCUAAAGAGCAGUUGUUUUUUGAAGCUCCUCGUGGGAAAAAACAGACAAUUCCUACUUUGGAGGUAGAAAAGAUUGGCUGGGCAUCAUGGACAAGUGUUUUGGGCUCUUGCUGUGAAGGAAUCUGGCCAAUAAUUGGUGAAGUCACAGAUGUAACUGCUUCGUGCCUCACUAGUGAUAGUAAAGUAUUAGCCACAGGAGAUGAUUUUGGAUUUGUGAAACUGUUUCGUUACCCUGCUAAAGGAAAAUUUGGAAAAUUUAAGAGGUAUGUUGCUCAUAGUACCCACGUAACAAAUGUCCGUUGGACCUAUGAUGACAGUUUGUUGGUCACUGUUGGAGGAGCAGACACAUCUUUAAUGCUGUGGACUUAUGAGAUGGAAGGACAUCGGGAUAGCCGGCAGUGUGACAGUGAGGAAUCUGACCUAGAUUCUGAAGAAGAUGGAGGUUAUGACAGUGAUGUGACAAGGGAAAAUGAAAUUAAUUACACCAUCAAAGCCUUAUCAACAAACAUUAGACCAAUGUUUGGAAUUAAGCCUCAUCUACAACAAAAGGAGCCAACCUUAGAUGAAAGGCAGGGGGUAGUGAGAGGUUCCAGACCACCAGUUAGUAGGGCAUUGCCACAGCCUGAGAAACUUCAAACAAAUAAUGUUGGGAAAAAAAAGAGACCUAUAGAGGACCUAAUUUUGGAGCUGGUGUUUGGGUACCGAGGCAAGGACUGCCGGAACAAUGUGCAUUAUUUGAACGAUGGUGCUGAUGUUAUCUAUCAUACUGCAUCUAUUGGGAUCUUGUACAAUGUGGCAACAGGUUCUCAGUCUUUUUACCAAGAACAUAAUGAUGAUAUUUUGUGCCUCACUGUAAAUCAGCACCCCAAGUUUACCAACAUAGUGGCAACUGGCCAAGUAGGAGACUCAGCAGAUAUGUCAGCUACAGCUCCUUCUAUUCAUGUGUGGGAUGCAAUGAACAAACAGACAUUAUCAGUACUGCGGUGCUACCAUUCAAAAGGAGUUUGCUCAGUCAGUUUCAGUGCCACUGGCAAACUGCUGCUCUCUGUAGGGCUUGAUCCUGAACAUACCAUUACCAUUUGGAAGUGGCAGGAAGGUGCCAAAAUUGCCAGCCGAGCUGGUCACAACCAGCGCAUAUUUGUAGCAGAAUUCAGACCAGACUCAGAUACCCAGUUUGUUUCUGUGGGAGUGAAACACGUGAGGUUCUGGACACUGGCUGGAAGAGCGCUUCUCAGUAAAAAAGGGCUACUGAGUUCCAUAGAAGAUGCCCGAAUGCAGACAAUGCUGUCUGUAGCUUUUGGAGCUAAUAACUUGACAUUUACAGGUACUAUCAGUGGAGAUGUUUGUGUUUGGAAAGAUCAUGUGUUGAUUCGGAUUGUUGCCAAAGCUCACAACGGACCAGUUUUCACAAUGUACACUACAUUGAGAGAUGGUUUGAUUGUUACAGGAGGCAAGGAAAGGCCGUCAAAGGAGGGAGGAGCUGUUAAACUAUGGGAUCAAGAAUUGAAACGAUGUCGUGCCUUCAGACUGGAGACAGGACAGAUAACUGACUGUGUUCGCUCUGUCUGCAGGGGCAAGGGAAAAAUUCUUGUUGGCACAAGAAAUGCUGAAAUAAUUGAGGUUGGAGAGAAAAAUGCUGCAUGUAACAUUUUAAUUAAUGGUCAUAUGGAUGGACCUAUCUGGGGCCUAGCAACACACCCUUCCAGAGAUUUUUUCCUUUCCGCUGCAGAAGAUGGCACAGUACGACUCUGGGAUAUUACUGAAAAGAAGAUGCUGAACAAAGUCAGCUUAGGGCAUGCAGCUCGUACCGUAUGUUACAGCCCAGAAGGUGAUAUGGUUGCUAUUGGUAUGAAAAAUGGAGAAUUUAUUAUCUUGCUUGUGACCUCUCUGAAAAUUUGGGGAAAAAAGAGAGAUAGAAGAUCAGCUAUCCAAGAUAUCAGGUUUAGUCCAGAUUCUCGUUACUUAGCGGUCGGUUCCAGUGAGAAUGCAGUAGAUUUUUAUGAUCUGACAUUGGGUCCCACACUGAAUCGAGUCAGCUAUUGCAAGGAUAUCCCAAGUUUUGUGAUCCAGAUGGACUUCUCUGCAGAUAGCUGUUAUCUCCAGGUAUCUACUGGGUCUUACAAAAGGCAAGUCUAUGAAGUGCCUUCAGGAAAACAGCUUGUGGACCAGGCUUUGAUUGACAGAAUAACUUGGGCUACUUGGACAAGUGUUCUAGGUGAUGAAGUAAUAGGAAUCUGGUCCAGACAUGCUGAAAAAGCUGAUGUAAACUGUGCCUGUGUCUCUCACUCGGGAAUCAAUCUCGUAACAGGCGAUGAUUUUGGCAUGGUCAAACUGUUUGACUUUCCGUGUCCUGAAAAAUUCGCAAAACACAAACGAUUUUUAGGUCACUCUGCCCACUUAACCAACAUUCGAUUUACGAGUGGAGACAGAUAUGUGGUUAGUGCUGGAGGGGAUGACUGCAGCUUAUUUAUUUGGAAAUGUGUGCAUAUGCCUCAUUGAGGGAGACAUGGAGACUUGAAAAGAGGAUGCUGCAUGAAGUACCAGGCAUGAAAUACCCAGGAUUGCAAUGUGAUAUUCUACUGUGCCCUGCAUGCUUAAGAAAUGGUGCUGAUCCAAGACACAGAGUAAUCAGUCUCUGAAAGACAAGUUUCUAGAGUCUGUCAGAAGGAUAGACUGUACGAAAUAUGCUGAGGCCAUUAGAUUUACUUCUGUAAUCCGGGUUUGUAUUUCACUCACUGCCAGAUGUUGAAAAUGAAAAACAUGGAUAAAAGAAAAAAGGGAAUUGUUAGUCAAUGUACAGUAUCACAGUAAGAUCCUGGGUUUUUAAUCAAGAGAUGUUAUUUCUGGUCCAGUACUGUACAUUGAUCUAUUCUGAGCAUGAAUGUUUCUGCUUUAAGUUUUGGGGUCUGAAUAUCAUUGAAAAAAGAGUAUUCCGUAUUUUAUUACUGAAAGAAACCAUAUAUUAAAUCUUAAAUAUAUAGUAUUUUAAUAAAUGUUUGAUUAUUAUAAUGGCAAAUUAUAUUUCUAUGACCGAUCAAAAGGAAACGUUAUUUGAUUAAGCAGAAGAUAAGACAGCCAAUUCCUUAGGGCUUACACAUUUCUGUAUUUAGAGGCCUGGGUCACAAUCAUGUCUGGUGAAAGCUACUGGAUAUGCAUGAUCUUCAUGGCUAAUUUAGUGUUUUCAUUGCACUUAAACAUUAAAUUAGUUCUGUGAGCAAAAUCGGAUUUGCUCACAUUGUGAGUGCCUUGCCCACAACCUAAAAGUCUAACUCCAAUUUUUGCCUUGUGAAUAAAAGUUAUUCUCAGUGGAAGAGAGGUAAUUGCUGUGCUGCUUGACUGGGCUGCUGGCCUCUGUGCUGGACAUGUGGACUACGGUGAGAGUUUUGUAACCUUCGUAAUUGAUAAGGCUUGGGAUAUCACCAGUUGCAAAAAUAGAAUUUCGUAGCAAUAUGAAUUAUUUUCUCAGCAUCAUAGGGAAAUUCAGAGAGAAUAUGAAAUUUCCAAACUCUAUAUUUUGUGCAUUUUAACUUUUUAACAGAGUUGGGACUAGCUGGGAUAAGUGUCCGCUCAGAUUUCUCUCCUGAUUGUAAAAUACAUCCAAUCAUCUGCUUCUUUAAAUGAACCUGCUGUCACCUCUCACAGAAGUGCAUUUAUUCUGUCCUGCAACACAGCUAAGGUGACAACAAAAACAACACUUUGGUGAUGGUGAACACCUGAAAAGUAUAAAUGAGGUGCAAGUGAGGAAGAUUUCAUCAGCUAUUUGUCUAAAUCAUGACAUAGUGAGGUGCUGCAGAAUGAACCUGGUUUUUUAAUCGGUGUGGUUAUUUUUUUGUGCAACGUGGAAGGGAAUAGAAGUAAGUAAUUAUCAGCACUACUCACAAUUGCAUUCUGAUAGGAACAUAAAAUUCUUUCUGUCUAUGUAAGUCAGUGUUGCUUUAAUGAUGCCAUUUGUUUAGGUCAGUCAGCAGAUUUGAUAUUAUUCCCCUCGCACAUUCUCUUAUACCAGACCUGUGACAGAAAAUUCAUCUCUUUUUGUAAGCAUCUUGUGUGCGUGGUAGUUCUCUUGUGAAUGGGAGGGUUAGCAUGUAGAAGAGGGAAAAAAAGUUAAUGAGACAGACUUUCAUACUCUCCUAGGUCCAAAAAUGUUUGUUAUAUAUACUCUACAAAGCUAUUUAUCCCACAGGCUCAGAUAAUAUAUUUUAGAUAUCAAGAUAUAGCAAAUAUAUUAUUUUAAAGAAGUUGAUGAACUAGACUAUUAGCAGGUUUCUUGGCUUGAUGCUUCUUAGCAAAGACUUGCCAGUCAUGUAGUUGCUAUUCUGCAGGAUCAAAUACUCUGUGAAUAUGGUCCAUGAGUGUAGAGGGAAAUCUUAUCAGUAACAUCUUUGAUAUUAGGGGAAUUGCACCUGAGAAAUGAGACCUGAUUUGUGUCAUAACCUUGUUGCCUCUCUGCCUAUUUUGUGUGAAAAUUGGUAACUGACAUUUAAAUCUUGGCCAGAGAAAUCAAUUGUAGUAUGCUGUGCUAUAGCUGUAAUUCUUUCCCUUUCUAAACAUAUCCAUGAAGGACUACUUGACUUGUAGUAAGAUUUUUUUCCUGCCUCUGUUUUGAGAUUUGCCUUUUACCAGUUUAAGUUGGAUGGUUGUUAAGAGCUCCUUCAUAGUCUGUCCAACACAAACUGCCAGAACAAAGUUCUUUUCCAGCCUCUUAUAAGUUUUCCCCUCAAAAUUCUAGGCUCAUUUAUUUCACAUCCUUAGGAUCUUCUAUAGACCUUCACCUAAGGUUAGACAUAUAUGGACCAUCAAGUUUUGUUCCUUAUCCGUGUAGGGUCAGCUCUGAUCAUGUCCUCUUCUCCUCCACCUCUGUUAAUUUAACUGUGCCUCUCCACUGAUUAUUUGUCAUUGGUGCUCUUGUCCUGAUAAAUCUCAAAUGCCACGUGGUUGGUGGAGUACCAGCAAGAACUGGUGGAUGGUUCGCAGCUGGGCAAGGCUGAGAGCGGCAGUGCAACAGUCUGAGCUCCAGCUCUCCCUGUUUCUUCAUUCCUUCCUGAACCUCAUUGCAGCUGUAUAAGGGCUGGGAGCUGGGGCAGGGGCUGGAAGCUGAAGAGUGUUAGAAACAAAACUACCAGCCUUGUUUUGCCUGUUGCAGCCAUCUUGGAAGCUGGUAUUUUACUUGACAGACUGCUCAGGGGUUUGCAAGAUAAAAUGUGGUCAGCCAGCAGGGAAUGGUCACAGAUGGGGAGGAGAGGAGUGGGUUCAGCCUCUGUUGCAGGUUUGUUCUUGAGGACCACUUGGAGAAUGUUCUGUGCAGUCAGCUGGCUGCAGACAUGCUUCAAGAUGGCAGCUUCGUGGUCUUUGUGAUGGUGCUUGUCAUUGUGCCUCAUUUGCUGUUUACAUUAAGUGCUACUGUAGUAACUUGAUAACUGUUGCCACCCAGACUGGUGCUUGAAGCCUGUGCAGAGGGCAGCAGGCUGCCUGUGUCAGUGGACGCUGGGACCUUGUAGCUGGUUCUCGGGAGGCAAAGGCAGAGGCUGACAUGACCUGAUAUGGCACUUUGAGGAGGAUGCUGGCAUGUGGAGGGAUUGGUCACAGCCUUGCAAACAUUGGAGAGAAGAAAAGUAGGCUAAAGGACUUGAUCAAGAACUGGGGAAAGCCUUUUCUGUGAUUACGCAGUGCUGAGGAAGUGGAAGCAGAACUUCUUUGUGUACUUGUAUUUAUUUUUAUUUUUUAGUUUACUUGGGUUUAUUUCUUAGUUUAAUUGUCUUUAUAAGUGUCUUUGUGGUUAGUGGCAAAUGUGUGCCCUUGGGAUCUUUAAAGUCAGCAAUACAGAACAGCCAGCUAGAAGGGGACCUAAAGAAACUGUCUGGUCCAUCUGCCUGACCACAUCAGGGCUAACCUAAACUUCAGGCAUGUUCUGGGGUCUCUUGAAAGAAGAAAUAGAGAACUGUUCCAAGGAAUACAAAAUGUAACGUCACCUAAAAAAGAAAUACACUCUUGAAAGUUACUUAAGUACACCAAGGGGAAGGGGGAAAUAAAGAGAGAGAAUGGGAGAAGGCAGGUUUCAAAUACAAUCCUUACACAGGCAAGAUGAUAUAUUUCCCUGUUUUGUUAUCACUGUCAUAGAUGGGACAAGCCUUAAUCUUGGAAGAUCCUUCUUAUUCUGUUAGAAUAAGCAAAUGUUAGCGUAGACAAAUGUUUUUUUGUCCGUAUUUUGGGCAAAGUGAACCAUCCUGUAGACUGUGCAGAAAGGGAAGUCAGAAUGAAUUGUCACGUCUGUGAUUUUAGCAUCACUUGCUGCGUUGCAUUUGCAUCCCCUUGUUCUGACAGUUUCCUUACGCUUCCUCGCAGACUGCUCUGCUUUCGUAAAGUUUAUGGCACCAUUCAAUCUUUGCUUGUGUAUAUAGACAAGAAGUGAGCUUGCCAAAGCCUACUAUGCAUUCUUUAUACCGAUCACUGUGGCAUGGUCAGAGCAAAACCAUUUCUUUGGUUCUCUCUGGCUUCUGAUCUGAAGCAACUUUGGCUUCAGACUUAAAUUCUGCAGUUCUCAUUUCAGAAGGGAAAAAAACAACAACAAACAUUUUAGGUGUAUAAUAUGCAUAAGAGCCACAAUAGAUUACCUUGCCAAAAUCAUCUGUUAGUAAGUAAUAAUUAGUGGGUGGGUUUGUGUUUUGUUUUUGAUGCUAGAACAGGUUACCCCCCCCCCCAACCCCCCCUUUCUCAGUUCACUUGUAGCAUAAUAGUCAUGGCUCUGAUAUUGUUUGUUUUAACUCAGUUUAGCCACUAAUCCAACUACAUCACUUAAAGUAAAAGCAGGAGGAAAAAAGAACAGGCACAGAAGGUGUUCUUUUUCCCUCACAGUGUGGAGGAAAAAUAAAAUAAUUAAGGGUUAUCUGAGCACAGUGGCAAUAGGCAAUCGCCAUAAUUUCAUGUACUUCUUAAACUAUGGAAAGUGGAGUAAACAGCAGUUAGAAGCUAGUAAUAUAAACCCAGGGAAAAGGAGAAAGUGGGAAGCAAAGGAAACAUGGGGAAACAAAGGAUAUAGGCAAAGGCACAGCCAAAGGACUGGCACUAGAGGUGGAGCAGCUCUACACCAAGAACAGACGUCUUAGAUGUCUUAUUUCAGAUGGCAGGUCUUCAUGGGUGGCUCAUGGGGUUGGAGGACUGGAGAACAGUAGUGUCAAGUAAACAGUGCUCAGGGAAAGGCUGCUGGCAACUUUGAUGCAGGUGCUUAUUUCUUGCUCUUUCCACUCCUGUAUCUAUGGGACAACCAUUUAGCACAGGGGGGCUGCAGCUAACGCUGGUUACCAGUGUUUGCAGCAUGUGCACAUUGGUAGUUAAACAGUGUUGAUGGAAAAAUGCUUUGUGAUUUCGAGAGCUCAGGUAAAAGAGUUUCAUAUUGUACUUUAAAAUUCUACUUAUCUUUCCCACCUAAACCAAGAAUGGAUUUGUCUUAAUAGGUCUCUUCUGCUUUUUAUCCUUAUUUUAGUUUCCUGUGCAAUGGGCUUAAAUGCUUUCUUUAAGCAAGAAUUUUUAAACCAAAGAAAUGUUACACUUUGGAAAACUUCACAGGCAGCCUCUAUCGAGGGCUGAGGUGUGCACAGAGCAAUCUGGGGCACACGUGGGCUGAUGAAUAGUCCUGCAGUGGUUCUGUCAUAGGCCUCCAAAUGUAGGUAUGAGGAGAGGAAUGUAAUGUGGGCCUUUAAAUACAUUCCAGUAGAAACAAAUCAGUGAUUAUGAAAGAAAGAAACUCAGUCCUAAGGUAAGCUGUACCUUGAAAAUCCAAACUCAGUGCAGGUGCUACUGAGGAGGCAAAGCUUGACUUUUAUCUGUGGCCGCUCUUGGUAAGAAACAUCAAAUCAUCUCUGCAUAAGCGUCUUAACUAUUCUGAACCUGCAGGAGGACAGCUGUGUUUGGCGUGAGGCAGCAUGUGUCUGGAUUUCACUUUCAAGAGCCAAAACCCAGAAUCUUUUAUUUCAAUUGCUUCCUUUGUCCCUGCAGGGCAGUUUUGUCAUUUACAUACUUGCACUUCUCCUUUGGUUGGGCACAGAUGCCAUGUAGGAGCUAAGCUGAAAAGAAAGCAAAAAAUAAUAAUAUGUAUAUAAUUUUGGCUGGUUUUUAUCCCAUGUUUCAAAGACGCAUCUGACUCCCACCAUAGUUUGCUACUCUUUCUGCUCAAGUAUUGCUGGGAGCUGAAUGGCCCUGACUGCAGCCCCCCACAGUUUGCCUGGGGCUCAAGUUCUUCUCCUCUGGCUUUUCUGUGUUCUUAGAGUUGUGUUGCAUCGUUUCCACUUUGAAGCAGGCCCAGCAGAACUGACCGACUAUGGGAGUAGCGCUGUUCAUGCUUUACCAGUCUUUCAUAUAGCAGGAAUUCUUUUGUCCCAGGGGACAGAUGUUGUUAUCCCAGGUGUUUCUUGUAGCUGCAGCUUUCAUAGAGCUUUCACAUAGUGCCAUCGUCAGCUGUUCUCAGUUGGUCUGAGCAGGAGAUGAAUGAUUGAGGAUAAAGAUGUAGGUGAUUGAAGUGAGUAUUGCACUGGUUGGUUCUGAAAAGGAGAUUUAGUAGGGCUACAGUUGUUAUUUUCAGUCCUCUGAAGGAUUAUAAGCCAGUUGGGAGGAAAUGAAAGUUCUUCACAUAAUAUCCAAAAACUCAUUUAUCUUCUGCCAUUGUUCUCCCAUAGGCACUGUUAAUCUAACUUAACUUCCACCAAGCAUGAACACUGGCACAAAUUGCAUGGAAAAAAAUGGUUUUCUGUCCUUCUGUGAAAUGUUGGUGUGUUGGGUAGUAGGGAUAGGACCUUCCAUAGCUCUGGUCUGUUUUUCCUUUGCUUUUAGCUUUGUGUUGUGCUUUCAGAAUCAAAGUAUCUUUUCUCUAGUGAAAACAACAACAAAACCAACAACAAAAAGAAGAAAAUGGAGCAGUAUCUGGUAAUUAUGAGCCUAGUUUAUGCAUUUUAGUUCAGUUGUGAGUAGACACAAAGUAAUGGAGGAGCUGCAUUGCCAAUUUGUGGAGGUAGCUGAUGCAUUUUUAUGUAACAUUUAACAUAAGAAACACUGAAGAUCACAUCGAUCAUUUAAAACGUCACAAUCUAAGUAACUGCAUUAGACUCGUUCCCUUUAAAAAUAUACAUGCUUGUAGCUUUACAGCUGGGUUUAGUCACUUCUUUGUUUUAAAGCAAGCAGAAAUGUGUCUGUAUCUUGCCUUACGCCCAACCUUCUACAAUAGGCACUAAGACUACAACUGAGCUGUUGAAAUUCAGCAAUGGAGUGAUAGUUUGCUCCUGUCCUUACAAAUUGUCAUCUCACCCUGAGAAGGAAAAAGAAUUCCACGGUGGCAGCUUGUUCUGAAAGGGGCAGCUUAUGAAGGUGUUGGAAAAGUAAAUGAAUGAAUAAACCCCAUAAUUUAAAGUCUUUUACCGGGGGGGGGGGGGGGGAACCCCAACAUUGCAGCAUUGUUCCUUACGAAGCCAAGAGCCCAAAAGCCCGUCCUCUGCUGUUCUCCUCCCAUCGGGUCACUUUAAAAGAAUAUUUUACUGUAGUUCUUUAAGCUUAAAAUCCAGUUGUCUGUUUAGAUUUGUUGUGUUUCAUUAUGGAGUGUGUCCGAUAAUCCCUUUUGCUUUAACCAAAAAAACAAACAACCACCCACCAGUAUUUUGAUCUAGUCCAAAGGUAUGGUCAUGUAUUACUGUCAUAAGGGUCAUGGGUUUAAGUGUACUCCAUGUUGGCUUCCACCACCAACAUCUAUUUCCUGUAACGAUGUUGUACGUUUAUUUAAAGCAUAUAUAUAUAAUAUAUAUAUAUAUAUAAAGUAUAUAUAUAAAUUAAACAUCAGAUUUUUUGCAUUAAGAUUUUUUUAAAUUUGAUUAUGAACCUCGACUACUUUAAUUCACAUUUAAAACACCCCAGACGAAUAUCCCGGAGCGCUGUGUUUCCCAAUCCAAGGCGGUAUUUAUUUGUCGAAUAUGAUUUUACAAUAUAAUAUGUAGCUGACAUUGUUUUCUGAUAUCAGAUGUAAAUAUUUGUAAAAAGGAAAUUCUUUUGUAUAUUUUUGUGAAGAUGUAGCUCCCCUACAGGUCCGAAACCUUGAAUAAAAAAGUGCAUUCCUGUUA